AUGAGCGCCUCCUCUUGGGUCCCUCCCGCUCCGGGCAGCAUCCCACCUCCACCCAGACCUCCUUUCACUGAUCAGCACACGCUCAGCAACCUGGCAGACAUUCGCACGCUGAACCUUCAUCUGGAAUGGCAAGUGGAUUGGGAAGCCAAACUCAUCUCUGGCAGUGCUGCCCACGAGCUGGAGGUGAUUGGGGAGAAGGGAACGGAUAAAUUGGUGCUGGAUACCAGCUACAUCGACAUUCACAAGGUGGAGGUGGAAGGGAAGGAGACGAGGGAUUGGCACCUGGCUCCGCGCAAAGGCUCGCUGGGAGCUGCGCUGACCGUACCGCUUGGCAAAGUGUGGAGCAAAGGAAGCAAGGGCAGGGUGGUGGUGCACUACAGCACCACGGAUCAAUGCACCGCUCUCGGCUGGCUCACCGCCGCUCAGACCGAAGGCAAGAAGAGCCCUUUGGUCUUUUCUCAGGCUCAAGCAAUCCACGCCAGAUCCCUCGUGCCCAUCCAAGACACUCCGAGCCACAAAAUCAAGUAUACUGCGAGAGUCAAAUCCAAGAUCCCAAUCCUCAUGUCCGCCUUGCCUGCUGGCUCCGUUCAGGCGUCCGAGGAUCACCCUGGAGACCCCCUGGCUGCAGAGAGCCAAGGCUUGUCAGACGAUGAGGAGAAAUACUACGUAUUCAAGCAGCCCGUUGGCAUCCCUUCGUAUCUCAUUGGUAUUGUAGGUGGAGACUUUGUCUUCAGGUCGCUUGGGCCCCGCUGCGGAGUAUGGGCUGAGCCUCCCAUGGCGGAUCGAGCAGAGUGGGAGUUCAAAUCCACGACGCACAAAUACCUCUUGGCAGCUGAAGAGCUCAUCUCUCCCUACUCGUGGACGCGAUUCGACAGCGUGGUGCUGCCUCCCAGCUUUCCUUACGGCGGAAUGGAACAGCCCAACCUGGUCUUGCUCACGCCUACGCUCGUAUGCGGAGACAGAUCGCAAUGCGACGUCGUUCUACACGAACUUUCCCACUUUUGGAGCGGCAACUUGACAAGCUGCGCUACGUGGGCAGACUUUUGGCUGAAUGAGGGCAUCAAUGUGUGGAUCGAGCGUCUCAUCCUGCAAAAGAUACACGGGCCGGAAGUCGGUCCUGCUUAUCGCGGCCUCAGCUACCUCAUCGGCGAGAAGGAACUCGGAGGCGCCUAUAAGGAGUUUGAUGCCACCCCACGAUUCAAGCGACUGGUUCCCAAAUAUUCUGGCAAUGAGGAUCCGGACGACGCAUUCUCGCGCAUUCCCUACGAAGCAGGCUCUAACCUCAUCCUCUACCUGGAAAGGCUGGUGGGAGGUCUGGACAUUUUUAUUCCUUUCAUCCGAUCCUGGUUCGCAACAUUUUACGAUCGAUCGGUCACCACUGGCGAGUUUAGGCAACACCUUGCGGACUUUUUUGCGGGCAACGAGCACGUGACGGACAAGCUGAAAGAGGUGGAUUGGGAUGCCUGGCUCAACAGCGAGAGCGGCAAAUUGCCUGUCCAACAGACCUACGACGAUCGAUUCGCCAAGCAGUCGUACGCGCUUGCGGACAGGUGGCUCAAGGUGAUCAAGGAGGGCGGCAAAGCGGAGGGCUUCAGCAAAAAGGACAUCGAGGGAUGGUCUGUGGAUCAACAGGUCGUCUUUCUGGAGCAGCUGCACCUCGGACCCAAAGUCAAAGCGUCCAUUGCCGAACAGCUGGACCAGACGUAUCAAUUUAGCCAAGCACAAUGUGGGGAAAUCCUCCUCUCCUUCUUCGUCAUCGCUUUGGAAGAUCCAGCGACGAAGUAUGCAAAGCAAUGCGCAGAAUGGGUCAAAACGGUUGGCAGGAUGAAGUAUGCCAGGCAGCUCUACAGAGCUCUGUACGCCGUCGAUCCCGACUUUGCGCGAAAGACCUUCGAGGAGUCCAAGAGCUUCUACCACCCAAUUUGCCGGAACCUGCUUAGACAAGAUCUCAAGCUUGCACCUGUAGCAUGA